UUCAUCGGGUCGCAGAGGUUGAUGUACGUUUCAGUUAUAACAACGAAUCAAUGACGAGAAGAGAUAGAAAGAAGUACUUUUCUUUUGACCCAAAGAAAGAGUUCCGUUCCUUUUGAAAUUUGUCUCUUCUCUUCUCAUUCUCUCUCUGUCCCCUAUCUAUUUUACCCUCAAGAAAUCCUGUCUUCUCCUUGUCACUCUCUCUCUCUCAUUCCCUCAGACAGAGUUCCUCUUGCAAUGGCUUCCACUGAUAGUCUUCCUCGUUUCUUCAAAGUUUUCAUCUCCCAUUUUAGCUCAGACUCUAUGCUUAUCCCCAUCUCCUACUACGAUGAACUUCCACGUCAUCUGCCCAAGACGGUGAUUCUCCAGGGCACUGGUGGAUGCCUUUGGAAGGUAGCCAUGAGGCUGAAGCAAGAGGAAGAGGAAGUGUACUUGGAACAAGGGUGGCCCAAAUUCGUUAAGGAUAAUGCUCUCGUCGAUGGAGACUUUAUGACCUUUGUCUAUAACGGAGACAACAUCUUCGAGGUCAGCAUCUAUGGCCUUGAUGGAUGUAAACAGGCUAGAGCAAUGGCUGAAGAAGAAGAAGAAGGAAAAGACAGUAUCUGUGCUCUAAGCAGCGAUGACACAGAAGAUACUAAUGCUGAGUCUGAGAGUGCCAAUACAGUUCAGAGAAGCAAUGACAAAGGAAAAGCAAAAGUGGAAGCUGAUGAUGAUGAAGAAGAAGAAGACAGUGUUUACUCUCUCAGCAACAGCAAAGACACAGACACAGGCACUUCUUCUGAAUUCGAAAUGGCCAAUACAAUCUUCAGAAGCAAGACCAAAGGAAAGUCGAAAGAGGAAGUGAUUAAGGAGGAAUCUGAUGGCAAAGAGGACAGUGAUCAUUCUCUAAACAGUGAAGUCAAAGAGACAGACACUGGUUCUGAAUCCAGGAUACCCAAGAACAAAGGAAAGAAGAAAAAGGAAGUUGUGGAGAGUUCUGACAGUGAUUAUGCUGAAGAUUUUGGUCGCUUGGAUUUGGAUUUGGAAGAGGACUCCACCAGCAGUGACAGUUCUUAUGCUCCAGAUAGUGAUGAAGACACAGCCACUCAUGUCAAACGAAAAGUAGUGACGAAAGGUUCUCAAGGAAAGUCCAAAGUGAUAAAAGAUGUGGCUGAAGUUGGUGAUACUUCUUGUGCUGUGGAACGAGUCCCAAAGACAAGGGAGAAAGUAAAGGCCAUAAUCGAAAACCCGGAGGUGUAUCUGGAUGAUCCAACGAAUAUACAUUUUGAGACAGGCGUGAAGAACAGGAAACACGAGCUGUUGGUUCAUGCACAGCUGGUGAAAGACUACUGCCUAAGGUUUAAAGACUACAUUUACUACUUGGACCCAAAGGGGAAACUAGAGGCCAAAACAGCCAAGUGGAAGGACCAACGUGUGUGCAUCAAAAAAUGGGUAAAGAUCUGCGAUAGGAACAAACUGAAGAAACAAGACCGCGUCGUGUGCGAGCUCUUGCGUAACAAAGAUUUGGUUUACGCAGUUAAGAUCCACAUCAUCCGUGGGAAACAUUUGGUGUCAGUUUGAGAAGAAAGGUUACUUCCUACUCAUCUUUUAUGGGUUUCUAGUAAAUCAAAUUAGACUCUCUGCUUAUGUAAUUCGUUUCGUUUCCAUCAUCUACAAGACCUCGGAAUCAACUAUCAUUCG